UUCUCAACUCCAAAGUUUUCAAACACAAAACCACCACUCUCAAUUCACAAAAAAACACACUAACCUCUUCAGUUCACAAACCACACAACCUCUUCUAAUAUUCCUUUUCUGAUCUACGCAAGGUUAAGGUUAAUUUGCUUCUAUCUACAUGGACAUUAACGAGAUCGAUGUUCCUUCAUUCUUUCUCUGCCCCAUUUCGUUAGAAAUCAUGAAGGAUCCAGUGACGGUCUCAACAGGCAUCACCUACGACCGUGAAAGCAUCGAAACAUGGCUGUUCUCGAAGAAAAACACGACAUGCCCCAUGACCAAACAGCCCUUGAUAGAUUACACCGAUCUCACACCAAACCACACCCUUCGGAGACUCAUCCAAGCGUGGUGUACCAUGAACACUUCUCACGGCAUCGAAAGGAUCCCAACCCCCAAACCCCCCAUUAACAAAAAUCAAAUUUCCAAGCUUCUCAAGGACGCUUCUCAUUCCCCUCUCACAUGCCUCAGGAGACUCAAAUCCAUCGCUUCAGGAAGCGAAACAAAUAAGCGGUGCAUGGAAGCUUCUGGUGUUGUUGAAUUUCUAGCAUCAAUUGUAAUCAACAACAACAACAUCGUUUCUUCAAAUGAGGCUGACUCAAAUGAGGGAUCUGGAUUCGAGUUGAGAACAAGUGCAAGCGAUGAAGCGUUGAGUUUGCUUCAUAAUCUUCAUUUAUCUGAUCAAGGGUUGAAGACUCUCUUGAGCUUCAAAACCGGCGACUUUAUUGAGUCUUUGACAAGAGUUAUGCAAAAGGGGUUCUUUGAAUCACGCGCUUAUGCAGUGUUCUUGUUGAAAUCCAUGUCCGAAGUGGCUGAGCCAGUGCAAUUAUUGCAUCUAAGACAGGACCUUUUUGUCGAACUAGUACAAGUCUUGAAGGAUCAAAUUUCUCAAAAGACAUCAAAAGCAACACUCCAAACCCUGAUCCAAUUCUCUCCUUGGGGGAGGAACAGGAUCAAAGCUGUGGAAGCAGGUACCGUUCCUGUUUUGGUAGAGCUUCUUCUCGAUUGCAAGGAGAGAAAGCCUUGCGAGAUGAUGCUGGUGUUGUUGGAAAUUCUAUGCCAGUGUGCUGAGGGAAGAGCAGAACUUUUGAAUCAUGCAGCAGGUCUUGCCAUUGUGUCCAAAAAGAUUCUAAGGGUUUCGACUUUGGCCAAUGAUAGAGCUGUUAAGAUUCUUCUGUCUGUUUCGAGAUUCUCUGCGACUCCACAUGUUGUUCAAGAAAUGCUUAAACUCGGUGUGGUCGCGAAAUUGUGCUUGGUGCUUCAGGUGGAUAGUGGAAACAAGGCUAAGGAAAAGGCAAGAGAGAUUCUCAAAUUGCAUGCUCGUGCGUGGAGGAAUUCUCCAUGCAUACCGAACAAUUUGCUUAAUUCAUACCCGAACUAUGUGUGAAAUGAUACGAGAAUUUUGAAUGGUACCUCUUUUAGAAAUUUUAAUGUACAUAAAUUAUUUGGAAAGGACACAGUUAGGUGUAAGUUAUAAAUAUGAGCAGCAACUAUAUAUAUUGAUUGCCCCACAAAAAGCAUAGGUGGGUAGUGAGAUUUCAGGUUUUGAUUUGUAUUUCCUGACAAUUGUGUGAUGGAUUUUUGUUUUGCUAAUUAAGCUAGCUGACACAGAAAUGAGAAAAGGGUUAAUCAAUCAUGAUUUAAUUUUA